UCGUACCAGGUUGCCACCGUCAUCGGUCGUUGGUUCUUCGGCAGGAAUCAAAACAGCCUGGCACUCCUCUCGGUUUAUGCAUGGUUUGGGCAAAAAGACUGUAGUUUGUCAGGAGGAGAUUAGCGGAGAGGGAAGAGGCGCAGAGGAACGGCACACAGGAUACGUACGUACGUCUGACGCGCCGCCAGCGGCCAUAGCCGACGCGCGAGCGAAGGUAAUAAAGACGGGCAAAGGAAAGCAAGUAGUUGGGUUCCCUGAGCACGGUCGGGACCACCAAGUACAUGCAUGCAUCUGGGGACGGAAAACGAUCCUGUUUGAAACACGAGGAAGAGUUCUGGCAAGAAUUUAAGGUGAAUACAGUUUUCAGUGCGCUGAUUUUUUCUCUUGACUUUGACGGUUGACGACAUCAACACCAUGCCAGUCGAUGGAAGAUCGCAGACUGCGGCAAUUGCUUUGACGCGUUGCUAUGGAAGACCAGGCAUGUUGGCCGGGAUUCCAAGCUCGACGCACAGGGAUGGAAGACCGCUACUACCCUCACCGGCGUUUGGACAUUGGCGAUCAUUACCAGCGACCUCAACGCCCCGUCAUGGAAGACGGUUAUGGCCCACAUAGACCACUGGACAUCGAUGACUACUACAGGCAAACUCGAUCCCGGGGAAUGGAAGACCAAUAUCAGAGGUCUGCAUGGCUCGAUAUGGAAGCACGCUAUGAUCGUCAAGGCCGGUACCCAUCCUCUGGGCUUGUGCCGGAGUUAUCUAGACCACCUAGUGAAGGAUAUCCAGAGGCGGAAGAUUUGCACCGUCGAAGAGUCCCAUGGUCCACUGAGGAGCACCUGCGACACUCAGCUAGCCUACUCAGUGGAAGCCAUGGUUAUCGACCGAGUCAGCUGAGUGUGGAGGACCGCUGCCAGCGGCAACAACACCUGGACAUGCAAGGGCGCUAUCCCGAUCCAGCAGCCUAUCCGUUAUGUGGCCCCUUGGCAGACUUGAUGAAACUGCGCAGUGCAGACCGUCCGGACAUGGACAACCUCUAUCACCACCGUGGGAUACGACCUAGCAAUGGCCAUGAUCUGGACUCGUCCAGGCCAUCGCCUACAGACUUCGGCUAUCCACCAAACCAGCCAGGUUUGGAGAAUCGAGGUCUUCAGCAGCACUCGGAGAUGCGCAGCUAUUACUCUCAUGAAGCAGGCCGUCUAGCUGGCAUUCCUUCGUCUGAAUCGACUGCACCAAACAGUGCAGACGGAGUGGAGAAGGAAGGGCGCUACAAGUAUCUAGAUGCAGGCCACAGGGAUGGCUAUGAGCUAGGUUCACGCAGUCACCUGAUCACAGGCCGGGAUUCUCACACAAAUCAGGAAGGCAUGGAAGACCGCCAGUACCGGCGGCCUCAAUGCCCAGAUGCUGAUGGUCAGUAUCACUGCAGACUUCCUUAUCCCGACGGUGACGAUCGAGCACGUUCCGCCGGUUCACCUGAACUUAAGUAUGGCCAAAAACUGGAGAGCUAUCAGGACAUUGGUGAGCGCUACCGCCAAAGUGACCGGGGUGAUAGAGAUAGGGAUGACAGAUACUCCUGGCAAGCGACACACCCUCAGACCAAUGACCAUGGGGAUUCAGUCAGCGGCCUCGGUACGAGGGAUGCGAAUGUCAAAGACGCCAAUCUUUACCAUGAAAUGAAAUCCAGUGCUUCUGACAGCCGGCAGGAAUCAGCCAGCUGCAGGGCACAUGUGACUGCGGGGAGUCUCUCUGCAGGUCACUCAGAUGCCUUAGCCUCUGAGUGGUACUAUCUGGAUGAGGCAAAUCAACACCAAGGUCCCUAUUUGCCAUCGCAACUCCAAGAGCUCUUAUCUUUGGGCACCAUCCAUUACUCGACGAUGCUAUGGGCAGAAGGCCGAACGGAUUGGUAUCCCCUGUCCAGCAUUCCAGAACUGUACGGUUUUGUCUUUGAACGUGCCGUGCACCUCAGAGCUGCUGCAGUGUCGGCAGAUGCGGAUGGCAGAAAAGAACAUACUCAGGGUAGUGAUGUCUCCCGGCCGCGAGCAUCUGGUCAGGGUUGGGACCGUGAACUGGCAAGCAGUGGCAAUGCGGAUAAUACCAAUGCUUCAACAGUGAGCGCAAAUGGAGGUGAAGAACGAUGGAAACGAGAAUCGAGAGCUGUAACAAUACGAGAGUCCCUGGGGACCUAUCAGGCGAAGGCCGGGGGUGACAAUUCAGCUGCAAAGAAUUCAUCUGGAUCUGCGAUUCCUUCGGAAGCAACUCUUGACCCAGACAUAGAAUUGCAGCGAUUUAAGGAGGAAAUGCGGAGAGUGGAGAUGGAGGUUGAAGCUGCAAAAAGGGCUGCCAAAAGGGCCUGGGAAAGUAGUGGGAAGCGGGAGGAAGAGGACGAGGACGACGAGGAGGAAGGAGAGGUAGCGGGCAGGGGGCACCCCACACAGUUCCCUCGGGGGGAAGGUAUCUUUGUGGAUGACGAGGGAGCAGUCUAUAGAUGGGAUCGACAGUUGAGGAUGUGGGUGCAGCAGGGUGGGGAUGCACCUAUACACCAGCAGUUUGGGCCAGAAGAUAUGGUUGAAAUGCUACAGCGUGCAAAGACACGAGGCCAAGGAAAGGCAGCAAGUGUCGGGCAGUCGCAGAAGCUGAAUGCCAGCAGUGAUGUUGACUGGAGGGCUAGACAACACCACCAACAACAACAACAGCAACAGCAAUAUGAAGUAUCAUCGCAGGCAAAGGUGAGCACUGUUGUGUAUGUGUCAGGGUUGCCACAAGAUGCGACUGUUGUUGAAGUGGCUGAUGUGUUCUCCAGAUGUGGACUUAUCAGGGAGGAUCCGACAACAAAACAGCCUCGUAUCAAGCUCUAUGUCGACAAAAGUACUGGGCGACACAAAGGUGAUGGACUUGUCACAUACGUCAGGGAACUGUCAGCGGAACUUGCUGUGAAGGUUCUCGAUGGAACGCCUUUACGCGCCGGUGAUCAGCGGAAGAUGUGGGUAUCUCAAGCAGAAUUUGAGCAAAAGGUUGAGCACUCUGUGAAGCGCCCGGCAACGACCAAGAAGAAGAAGACCAAGCUCAAGCACCAGCAGGACGAGGAUCCUCCCCUUGCUGGCAGUGCCAGUGUUGAUGACCGGUCACGGGCAACAAGUGGGAUGACCGUCAUAAUGCGCAACAUGUUCUCUGUGGAGGAACUUGUUGCGGACCCCAACUUAAUAACUGAACUAGAAAGUGACGUAUGGGAAGAAUGCAGCAAACUGGGCACAGUGCAGCGAUUAAAGGUCUAUGAGAAGCAUCCAGAAGGGAUUGUAAUGGUGAAGUUCACAGAAAGGCAGGCUGGGUUCAGGUGCAUCCAUCUUAUGAAUGGCCGAUGGUUCGGGGGGCGUAAGAUAGUGGCAAGGGAGGAGGAUGGUCUCACCAACUAUGCGUUGGGAGGCUUCCUUCCAAAGUGAGAACAGGCUGUGUCAUUGGGGUUUCACACUGCGCGUGAAGCAGGAGAUCAUGACAGGAACCUCCCCUCAACCUAUACCCUGUGGCGGCCCGUUUCCCGUGUUCCCCCCCCAUUCCUCCCUUUGGGCUCCGGUGCAUGCAUGUUAUGUAUGGCUGUCGGUUCGGGGCGCGGAAGAUAGUGGAAAGGAAGGAGGAUGGUUUUAUAAAAAAGAACUACGCAGCGGGAGGCGUCCUUCCAACGUUGAACGGGCCGUGCUGGCGAAGUUCCGUGCAGAGCUUCAAGCCGUAGCUCAUGACAGAGACCCCCGUCCACCUGUACCCCACUCCGCCCUGCCUCCCCAACGCAACCCCAAUCAACCUGCAUUCUACCCGAUGGACUUGUUGGAUCAUUCAAAUUUAUUGAGCCUCAUGAGUAUGAAAUUAUGAACUAUGUGUGUGUACAUGCAAGUUGUUGUCUAUGAAACAGUAGUCGAAGGUCAUCCAGGAGUAAGGAAUGUACGCAUGAGGGAGCAGGUACUUCCCUGCCCAUCUCCAGUUCUGCUAGAUUAGUAGACGGGCCUAUCCGCUGUUUUCUGUCUGUGCUCUUGCAGCUGAAGCUUGUGGGCGGGACCUUGAUCGAAGUUGUCCUUCCUCAGCCUUGGCGUCUUCUUCGAUAUCGUGAACGGUUUGUUGCCCGUGACCUCAGCGAUUCUCUUGGGUCUUCCGCUGUCAGGUUUUAUUAACUCCUCCAAAGCGAGGAUCGCCCGGUGUUUAAAAAAAUGAAAAAAAGGGAAAAAA